AUGGAGGUAGAGUCCAGCACCUACAGCGACUUCAUCUCCUGCGACCGGGCGGGCCGCAGAAACGCCGUCCACGACAUCCAGCGGGACGCGAGCAGCAUCGCCCUGCGCAAGCUGUCCCAGGAGCUGGGAGACCUCUCUGUUGAAGGAGCAGAAAGCCCAGGAGAUGCCACCUCUUCCAAGAAUGACCCCGGAGCAAGACCAAAGGAGCAGGGAAACAGCCCCUCCCCAUGA